GAAGCGAUAUCUUUCAGGGCUUUGAUUCGCGGUGCUCACAGAGGAAGAAGAAAAGGUAGAUGACCACCGUGAAAAACAUGACAAAAUGUAAAUCAACGAAGAAGCCAUGUAUGCCUCCCAGAAUUUUGCUCAUUUACUGGUCACCAACUGGUACGUUAAGCGGCCGCUCCUUAGUAUUUAUUCAGAAAGCAGAUGAGAUAUUAAAGAAAUCGGGAACAACGAUGGAUGCUGCCCAAGCGAUGACAUGAAUGUGCCCGCGUGCUGCCGCUACGUGUCGCCUCAAAAAAUGAAAGGUCCAGGAAGGUGACACAAUGACUACAUCUGCUAUCCUUGGAAGUUAGAGGGCUUAUUCCUGACUGGGAGGUGCCGUCUCGCCUGCCAGAAGGAGGCAAUCCUUAGGCAAGGAAAAUGAUUAAUCGAGAAAUGCUUGCAAAGGCAGCCCUCAACAAUGUGUCUUCGAGACAAGUUCCAAGUCGCACGGAGCAUCGCCUGCAGCCUUCUGGCACUUCAUUUUCGAGCACACCCGUUCCAACUCAGAUGACUCGGAAUAGUCACGUGACUGUCACGUUAGAUGGCACAUCAAGUGCACGGAACUUGUUGCAACAACAUACUCGACAGUAUGAUGACUCGCUUCUUCGACGCCAGCUGAACAAAUGUGCCAUGGGCUCAGCAGCAGCAGUAGGAGCACCACCAGCAGCAUCCGGCAAGGGCCAGGCAUUAGCCCCUGAAAGGAGCCUGCUUGCCCAGCACUUAACUCAGAGAAAUAAUGAGCCAAAGGCUGUGGAGUUAGCCCCCACUGAGAGAGUGCGCGUAUUGAAAACGUCGGGUGGGACAGUAACGGUGCGCUCACUCAGUCCUGUGUCUACGCCCAUCAGGGUACAUGCAGAACAACAAGCCAGGGCACCUUAUAGCACAGUGCACACUGAACCGCCAAGAGCACCUCCCCGUAGCAUAGAGCAUGGUGUUGCUGGUAUCCCCUUGCAGAGGAGAGCACCACCCUCAUCACCCAUCAUGGGUGCACCUGUUGCAGUACCACGCAGAAUAUUGCCCAAGCCCGUGCAUAGCCUCUCCUUCAUGGCCAAUGGGAGCCGUACACAUCAGAAUUCAUCUGUGGUCCCUGUUCAGGAUGCGACCUCGAGAAUGAGGUAUGUGGAUGUUCCCAUAAAUGCCAGUCCAAACGACGUGAUCACUGGUCUGAAGAAUAUGGCAGUAGUUCACCCCCAGGUGCGGCCUUCCAUGUCUGUUAAGCCCAUCGCUGCUGACGAAUUAGCCAAAGAUGCGCAGCUUUCAAAGACAACCCUUCAAAAUAUGACUGCCAACGUGGCACAGAAAGUGACACAGUUAAGCACCACAGAAGUUGCCUCUGCUGCAGCUGCUGCUGCUGAGCAGAGGACCGUUUUAGAGCCAAACUGUGUCGUCCCAGUGUCAAUCCAGCGAAGUUUUCCCGGACCUGAUGUACAGCGUGUAGGUGAAGAUGAAGGCAGGAAAUCGAAAAUGAUCAUUGUGGACCUCACGGAACCCACGGAAACUUCUCCAACAGCUAAGCAGGAUUUAUCAACCAUAAGCACACGAGCUGAGAUGAGGUUGUCGACACCUCCCACUGUGACAGAUGAACCGCUUCAAUUGGAGGCGGGUUGCCUCCAAGUGCCAUCGGGCCUCAAAGUGGACUUUAUCAACUUAGACGACUUGUUAAUAGGCGACCUAAGCUAUCUAGCCAAGUACUUUGGCCUGAGUAUACUGGAGCCCCUGUCUAUGGAUGAUAUUGCCAACAAGGGCCUGUCAGAGUGGAUAGAUAUCUCGGAUGAGGCCGAGGUGGAGAAGACAUUUGCAGAGCUCAAGGCCCUGAAUGGGAGCCGUGGUCAGCAGCUUUUCUGGGCUAAUCGAAUGACGCCAGAAAGUUCAGACGUUGCGUAUCCCAUUGUAGUUCCUGAAUAUGAAGAGCUUGAGACCACUAGCCUCCCAGCUGACGUCACAAAACCUGCAACGACAACAACAAUGGAAACAGCUGAUGGAAAGGCUUCCCCAGCAGGAGCUAGCCGCAGUCCAAGGGGCACCAAGGAAGGCACUGCCAAGAGCCCUCUCAUCUUGAUCAUCAAGAAGGGAGCCAACAGCAGUGCUUCGAGUCCAGCAUGGCAGCUGUCUCCAUGCAAGAGUAGCACAGCAAAGGAUGAAAAAGAGGAGUCCAAGACGCUCUUCUGCAAUGCACUGAACCUGUUGCCAAGUUCGGGCGAACAGCUAAAGAAGAUGCGCAAGGGCAAGUCAGCCCGUGCACUGGCUGUGCUCAAAGACAAAGUGAUGUCAGAGUACCUCAAGAACCACUUCGUGCCACUGCACCGUGUGCAGGGCAUGUACCGGUAUUUGUUUAAGAAGGGGCACCUACGGGAGGGCAAGCUGACUUAUGCCUGUGAGGUUUACCGGAACCUGCGAAGUCGAGAGAACCGGCCGAGGGCUUCUCUGGUCAUCUCACGGUAUGAUGAUGAGGACUUCAUUCCCAAAAAGAAUCAGCCGUCAUCUCCAGGCCUUCUUUGGCACUUGAAGAAGAAGAAAGUUACUUCGAAAUAUGAAAUGGACGAUGAUUACGUCCCGAAGAAAGGUCAAGUCAAUGGCCAGAAACUUCGGCGCAGCCUAUGGGGCCGGCCAAAAGGUUCCUGGAGGACGGCGGCAGCUAACAGCGAUGCCAGUAGCAACAGUAGAAGCCCAUCUGUUGAAGUAGCCCCAGCCAGUCUAGCAGAACUUGAAGGUUGCUGCACGACGCCGCUGUACAAGCUGGAAGCAGGCAACUGGACUCCCAAGUGUUCCGCAGACGACUCUAGUCGAUGGGACAUCUGGGUCUCGGAGAACUCUCUCGAGAACAAGAUGUCGCGUCCCAUUCCAAUGGUGGUCCUGACCAGGAUUGAAGACUGUGAUGCAGAUGCUUCAGGGACUUCCAAGGUUGAGUCGCCACAGCGCACGGUGGUGUCGGAGUUGUUCUGCAGCCAGUGUUCCUACAGCUGUCUCAACAAACCUUCCUUGGUGAACCACUUCUCUUCUAAGCACAAGGGAACAGACGUCUCCUUUAAGACUGUGGUCAUGAAGUGCCGCAUAAACAAGAGUGCCCCUACUGCUAAAGGUAAUGGGCCAUCUACAUGACUGCUGGAAAGGAAAAAGGCGAACUCGUGCACUGGUUGCCACCACGCGGUGCAUCAGCCGUGGCACGACUCUUGCUGACACGCCUUUCCCUGGUGCUCGUGGAACAGGCAUCCGAGCUGCCUGUUGUGUUCCACUUCACUGCCGAUUAAUUAUUUAUGACAAAGUGACUGUCAAUCUGUGGGAUAUGUGUGUGUGCUGUGAGAGGCGCUGUAGUAUAUAUGUGUUGCUGUUGUUUCCUCAACGCUGUUAACCGAUCACGUUGUACGUAUAUUUUGAGCGUUAACAAUUUUCACGGUCAUGAAGGCGCAUUUUCUACGAUAAUGAGAAUAAGUAAUGCAAUCUUUAUUUAACAUGUAGGCUUUAGCAGGGUUGUAUCUUUGUAGAAUGCUGUUACAAUAUUCAAGUUCACCAGUUCUAUUAUAUUACUGUGGCAAAAGCUAUCGUGUUGGCAAUAAGUGUUGUAUGUAGUAAAUAGCUGUUGCUUCGAGACGAUUCAUCAACUGUUGUGCAGAGUGAAUUGAAAGGCUCUGACACAGCAUGGAUUGUAUAAUACCAUCGUAUUGAUUGUUCAAUAAUUUCAAGCGUUUUAUAUAUGUGAAGCCUAUCAUCCCCACUGUGGCAUUUUCAGCCAAAUGAAUAUUAUUAGUGCGUCUUGAGUGAAUUUCACUUGUCACAUGCAAUCGGCAGUUUGCAUGGCAAUGCACAUUCUUAUGGAAAAGAUCAUAUGGCCAUGCUCUUCAGUCUUGCAAUAUACUGCCUUACACAGAACGUUUUCCUUUCUUUUUUCAUUUUUACUUUAACUGGUGGUAGACAGCACUUAAAUAGGCCAGCCUUCCCAGUAGACUGGCCUAUUGCUCAUGCUCAUGUAGAAAAUGAGCAGGUUCGUGUAAAACGAGGCAAGGGUAUUGGUGACUCUGGCAGUCACCAUCUGCUGAUCAAAUCGUCAUCAGUCGUGAUGAUUUCACGCAAGCAAUCACUCGUCCCGGGAAACAUUGAGCUGAAGUUGCAUACUCAUUGUUUGGCUAACAUACUGUGUUUGCAUGACUAUAAUGUUAGGAACAACUUUUCACGAGUUCAAAAAAUAAAAAUGAUAAUAAAUGUGGUAAAGAGGAACUAAUACCCCUGUUGCAUGGGCAGCUGUGAGCUCCUCUGAGAUAAUGGAGCACGAAGAGUUUCUAACGGAGUUCUACAUCACGGCAGUUGCAGUUGAGUCUCGCAACCCCUUACUUUUAACGGAAGCCGUCAGGGGGCUGUUAUGUGCUGUUUGGCUUAUAUGUGCAAGAUAAAAGAAAUCACUUUCAGGUAAGAAAAGCGAUCCUGUUUUUUUUUUGUGUGUUUUCACAAAAUAACCUAAAACUUCAGUGGCAAGAAUUAUCACAAUAGCUUAUUAAAAAUAUGCAGUCACUUCUGGUAUCAGCAGUUGUGGCCAGCCUGUGCUUUUUUUUUUAGUGAUCAUGACUCAACAAAAUGACAAUAGCAUUGCGUUAUGUCACAGUGGCUGUUACCGAUCAUCAUCGCGUAUGUGGUACAUGAACAUGGUACUGCUGGGGGACAAAUUUAUAAUAAUGAAAGGUUUAUUGCUUAUCAAAAAGGUCAAACUAUAAUAAAGAGAACUCCAUCAAGGUUCAAUAGAAACAUAAAUGCUCUUGGCAAACCAGAGUGGGAGGAUAGGAUACAGGUGUCCAUAUAGCCAAACCAAAGUGGUGCCAGCAACCAAGCACUUCAGGCAUGCUCGUGACGUGCAGAUUUAGAGUGUUGUGAGCACAAAAUUGUUGAAAGAGUUAUUGAACUUGUUAGGUUAGAUUAGAUUAGGUGCUUGGUUCACUUAUCACUGGGGCACGCUGGGUGCGAGAAAACUCCCCUCAAUUGUCAACUUGCUGAAUUCCCUUCACCAAAAACAGAAUGACACCUACGUGAUAGCACAUGCGUCACCUCAAUGUCCUUUGAGUUGACAAAUAUGUUAGUUGGCGACCAUGGGAAAGUUUUGAAAAAAGCAACCAUAGCUGAAGGCUUAAUGAGAGCCUGUAUGUGCUUAAAGGCAAGUUAUUUUAUGUGGUGUCACUGGUAACAUCCUCCUUAUGGGCUGUGAGCCAGAAUAUUCAUGCUAUUCAAGGAGUUUUAUGGCAAACUGAGGUUCUCUUAAGCAAAAACACAUGGACAAGAGCAGUAUGUCUGGAAGAUGUCACGAGAUAAGCAAACCUCGCACCUUUUACUGUAAGAUGGGCACGCAAGAACUGACUGCAACAUUGUUGGAUUAGAUUGGCAGGCCCUAUUCGCAGUCUAAGGUGAUGACCAUGCUUGGAUCCAUGUUUGGCUUCUCAUGAAAGUCUGAGGCAAGUUGAGAGCGCAGGAGACGUUCUUCAAACAGGUUGAUGUGCCUGCCUUUUAUAACCUGUGCUUAAAUAAAUGGUUUUCUUGCAGCGGUCGCACUGGCCCAAAAGUGAAAGUGCUUAAGCACUUGAGCAACAAUGAGCCCACCAUGGCCGUAUACCACCUGCACGAACAGCUGAGAUUGGCAGGUGUGAGGACCGAAAAAGCAGCUCACAGACAAAUAUAUUAUUUAAACAGACUUUAGUGCGAGUCAUCUGUCUGUAGCUCACAUUGCAGACGGUUCUUUUGAAAAGAUCUACGACACAAAUUUUUCUGUGCUCCUGUCCAUAGAAUUUUCUCACUCAGAAUUGGCACCUGAAUGAGGCUUGAAAAAUAUCAUUUAUGACAUGGUUGCCAGUAUAAUGCAAGGUGUUUGCAAAACAUCUGAUUAACGCACAAAAGCUCAUGUUAUAUUCGUGUAUAUUCAGUAUGUUGCCAAACAGCCAUAGGUAUUAUGGCAAAAAGGAAAAAUGCAUACUGUACUAUACUUGGUGACUGCCCAGUACAAGCUCUGCCCACAAUCCCACGCUGCAUCUGGCCGCUGUGCCUCUUGUGUUCCAAAACAUUCUUUUUGAGGAAUAUUGAUAUUGAAAGAAGUACAUCUCGGCCACAGUGUCAAAAUGAGAUAAUGUAAUUGACUGGCACAUAUAUACGAAUUCACAGAGUUGGCGCUGUACUCUUUGGUCAUCACCGACUAUACAUACCUCCUGACCACAGUCAAACUUCUUGCAUUCUAUGCAUAGGCUCAUAUUCUCUCUGCAAAUUUUUGGUAAAGCAGUUAUGUCGCUUCUCUUAGUAUGGAGAUCUUACAUUUACUUUUUUUUUUUAAGAUACUAGAUCACUCUGCGACUAGAUUUGUUAUUUCUCUUAGGUAUGUGGUGUUUCUUGCAAGCAUGUACUGUGUAGACUUGUGCAAGAGCUGCAUCUUCUGCAUUACAAGUUGGGGUCAGGCUAUUACAGUGCAGUUCAUUUAGAUGUUGAGCCUAAAACUUUUACUGCGGUAACUGGUUUUUGUUGAACUGCGCUUAAGUAACAACUGUCCAGCAAAAGUUUUAGUGCUCCUGUGCUGUAAGGGUCAUACUAUUUUCUUUAUCUUCUUUUGGCUAUUGAGUGACAACCUUACGAAGGCCGAGUCCUGCAGCUAUCCGCUCUGCGGACACAUUGCCAGCAUGUGUGGUGAAAAAUUUGCAAUUUUAUCAUUUAGACAACAAAAAGAAAAUGCGCAUGAGGUUUUACUAAAGCUCCAAAAUUCUUGCUUAGUUCUGUGGCCACUGUUACAUAAUAAAAAUGCAUAUUACAUCCGUUCACCUCACAGUAAGCUAGCGGCAUCAUCUUGAUUGCAUAAAAUUUAAAUCCAGAUCACGAAGUGUGCUUAGUUAAGCAUGCCUAUCUGCAAACAUAGCAGUUCUGCCUGGGGCCAUUUUAUUGUUUUCUCUUAAAUGUGCCCAAUUCACUAUAAUAACAGCUGUUUCAAAAGUUGAAUUCAGGUGACGUUUUGCCAAAUUCAUUCUGAAAACAGCUCAGUGGUAGAGCAUCGCACACGUAAUGCAGAUGAUGUGGGUUCAGCUCACACCAGCGGCACAUGGUUUUAUCAUCCACUUUCAUUUGCCUCCUUUACCUUAUUUCUACAUUUCAAUUAAAAACAACAAAUAAUUUGCACUAUGGUUUAAUUGGCUUCAUUAUCUGUUGACUUCAUAUGGUUGUCACUAACAAAAAUUGAGCCCCUCGUCUGCCCCUCUUCUUAAUAAAGUAUAAUUCUUAAGUAUAAUUUGAUUGUAACAUCUGAUAGGUGACCUAAAUCUCAUUGAUACGUGCAUCUUGACUUCAAUACGUACGGCAUGAUAAAAAGACAAAAAAGCCACAACCAGCUAAUCAGAGAUAUUAUUGAAUUGAAACUGAGAGCUAGGCUUGGUGAAUUUUGUGUCUCGAAACCAUCAAUCAUGCUAUCGAAAAGGGACUUGCAAGUUUUUAAAUUAAAUGUAAAUGUAGUGGCCAUGCACAGCUUAUUCCAUAUAUGUGCAAGGUUUCUCAUCAAUAAACAAUCAGUUGAAAGUCAGCUCUGCGUGUACCUCCAUCUCUCUUUUUUGUCCUGGUUUUUUCGUGCACUACAUAGGAAAGUCAAGAUGUACCAACUUGCCCAAACUGCUGCACCUGCGAUAUGUGCAGUUCCUUCUUGCCAAGGGGUCAUGCAAAACCUGGUUUUGUUGCUCUGGCCUAUUACUAUGACUGAUAUCUUGUUAUGUGUGGUAUCAGUAUAAAUGGGCUGCACUCUACAUGGAUAAAAACAUUGUUUUUAAUUUGCUAUAUAUACAUUUUUUUUUUUUUUUCACUUAAAUUUGAAGCUAUCAGUGUGGGCUGGCAUAAAGCUGAGGCCCUACUUAGAGUCAAUCCCAUUUGAGGAUAUUUUCAGUGAACACUGAUUGGCUAAAGCUACCUGUCUGAUAAGCUAUCUGAUAGCUGUCUAUCACUCUGGUGUCAUGAAAAUAUGGAAAUGGAAAUGUGAAGGUAUUUACGGAAGUGAUGAAUUGAAAAUUUGGCUCCUGAGGGCAAUCACACCGUCAAGUACAACAUGCACUGACCUACUAUGGCUACAGCUCAGUGCAGCUUAGCUGGUUUUGUAACCUCCUUCACAAGAAUGUUGCACCUUUCACCUAGUAACUUAGGGCACAGUACUUGCCCCAGUAAAAUAUUAACGUUUACUUUUUUUCCAAGUUUUCUUGAGCUAAUAACUCAGCUAUUGCACAGGCCUAUACGGUAUCUAUGACAUAUUUUUCUAUGCCCUAGUGAUAAGAAUGCCAUAUGCCAUUUGCUGUGAAAUACCAUCAGUACUAAGACAUAUCAGACUUGUAUUGGGGUGGUAGCUCUACCAAAGGCUGUUAGAAAUAUGUGUUGUAUUUCUUAAAUAGCUUGUAUAUAUUAUUUGCCUGCUCAGUAAAAGAAUGUUGCUAAUUUAGUUGUGCCGUCUGUGAGAUAGCUGUGGCUCAAAUCAUCACAGUCAUUGGAGGUGCCAUGUGUAGUUUGUGUUUUAUAUUACAUUACCACUCUUUGAGGCAAUGGUUAAGUGGCUGUGUGCUGGAACAAUUUGUGUGUGCAGGGCUUCAAGCGAUACAACAAUGGAUGUAGUGUUACUCACUGCAGCAAAGGUCCAUCUGUUGGCAUCACCAUGCUUCUUUUGCAGCUCUCAAUUGUGUUCAGUAUCAAUGGCAGGUCAAACUGAACAUGUAGAGUUCUUGGUUUUCGCCUUGAAAGUGGCACCAAAUUCUUUUGGUGCAUUAGGUGGGCCUGCGCUAGCUGUAAGUGCUCUUUUUCUUAGCUAGCAGCAUCAUCCGUGCAUUCUGACACUUCAAUAAGCUUGGCCAUUCAACUCUUUGAAGAGAAAAGGUUGAGUGUGCCAUGCUGCAUCUGUUGUCAGUGCACUUUGCGACGAUGUGACAAAUAUUGCACUGGCAUGAAGCAGUGACAAACAACAUUCAUCACUAAGCAAGGCAUGAAUAAUGUUUUUCGCAGUGUCUGCCUUUGUCUCAACGGAUUUUGGUGCACAGUGAAUUCGUGUCACCCAAAAUUAUUGUUCCAGGACACAGCCCCCGAUUUUUUCUGCAUCCAUUUCGGAGAUCAGUGCAGCUUCACACAAGAGAUUUUUGUUGGUUUGCAGCACCAUGAAGACUGUAGACAUUCACAAGAGUGUAUACUGAAGGAUUGCAGCUACAUGGCUCAAAGGCUUAUGGCGCAGUGUGCGUGAUACUUAAUAUGCAACACUGAAAGACAAAGUCAAAAGUAGAAAUAAUCUGCUUCUGGUCUAGCCAAUCCAACUGUGCUUUGUAUGGGUGUUGUGCACACUUUGUUGACGAUGUCUUGCACUGUGGAAAUCUCACCUUGUGGGGAACUAAAAUGAAGGUGUUUAGUGGUGCCGGCUACCUCACGCCACGGGAUACUGGCAGUCUGAGCUGUGCCAAGGGCUUUGACAUGAUGCCUUAGCUUCACUGUGAGCUGGUGCAGUGUGAUAGCAUGCAUUUAGUUGUGCUAGGCAGUGGCAAAACAAAGGUAAAUGGAGCACAGUAACUGCAGUACAUCUUAAUUGCAGAAAUCACUAAAAUAUUGCGAGUUGUGCCAGACAGUGGCACUAGUACAUGAGGCCUGUACCAACUCGGGACGCACUGUCUCAGUGUCAUACUCGCUGCGUCUGGCAGCUACCACUUUGCUGAAAUUGGAAAUAAGAUGAUGUCUUAAAUGGGUACAUAAGAGAGAAACAAAACAAGUCUAGCCGGGUGGAUGAGUUUUUCGAAACUCUUGCUGCAUUUUUAGUGUGCAUGCAAUAUAGUUGAUUAUCAGUGGAAAAAAUGGCAGCCAAACUUGCACUUUGACUUAAAAAGUCGUCAUCAGCUCAAAUACCAGAGCUGAUGUCACUCGGACCAUGAAUUUCAAGCUAUAUUUUGUCUAGCCCAUUUCCUUAGCGUAAAGAAUUCAUAAAUGUCGGACCAGUGAUGUCAGUAAGAUGUCGUGAAUUUCAAGCCAUUUUCGUUAAUCUACACACACUGCAAGCAGAAAAUUUUCACAUAUGUUGCCAGGCUGUUGUUGCUUACUUUUGAAACACGCUGUGCUCCUUUUUCAUUAUUAUUAUUAUUAUAAGAAAGUGAUUAGCACCCAACAAAAGUUAAUACUUAUGAUGUCACAGAGAACUAGUGUAGCAAUUUCAAGAUAGCAUCACCUAUCCUUCAUUUUCAUUUCUUUUCUGGCUAAGAAAGCUUCUGCACAUGCUAAUGCUUGCCUAAUCGCAGUUCAAGGAGCAUUAUCUAUCCCACUAGCUUAAGACAAGAGACAUGCAUCUCUUUUAGUCACUUUCUUGAGCUUAACGCACCUAACAUUGGCCAUUCCUUGGCUGCAUCAGAACACACAAGCAUAAGCAUGCCCAAACGUUGGACACUCGUAUCUCAAAAGUGAUCGGUAAUGUCUCAAAACUGUGUGUUACCAGAGUCGUUUGAUAACUCAUUCUGGUCACGAAACUUGCUAUGCUGCCCAAAGUAGCCACCAUGUGGUGAAGGGUCAUUUGGAAGACACUAGCUGUCGGCAGAGGAGACUAUUUUGCAUGCAUAUAUUCUAGCGAUCUGUGCAACCUUCCCUGCUGCAGUGUUAAGGAGGAAGCACAAGAAGUGGGGCAUGCAAGUGAAGACCACGCAGAGCAUAAUUCCUUUAACAUCUAAAACUGCGCAUACUAAAUGUAGACAUUGCAGUCCAAUUACUAUAAACAGUGACCAAACACAUGCACACUUUGAGCUGUUCCUUGACAGACUCACUAACACUGAUGCAAUGGUUAUUAUUACUAGUAAGUGAAUUAAAACAUCUGGAUUCAGUAUGCUUCUGGUAGUUUGUGUAUUUAAAGAAUUGUGCACUUAGUAGUCUUCACUAACGCAUUGCUUCUUUGGUUUCAUCUGCUAACACUGCAAUAGGAAUGGUUACGCAGCUCGCUCGAAUAGGUGUUCAAGUUAGUCCACAGCUGGUGCUCUCCAAGUGACGCUGCGCCACGUGGUUACUCUGUACGACAUAGUCAGCUUUCUAGGUAGAGGUUUUGGGGGCUGAAAAAAAAUGUUUAUCACAGGACUCGGCACUACGUAAAAGUGUUUUCCGCGCCCUCUAGGCUCUAUGUUGUGAUGCCACUGUCAACCACAAAAGUCAGUGGGACACAGCUGCUGAUUUGCAUUGAGCUGCACUUAAAUGGCUGCAGUGCAGUGCUCCUUUUACAUCUUGUUUAGUGGUCUCCACCAAAACUGCCAUUGCUUGAAUGCCUGUGCUUGUCAAGAUGGGAAUGUUUGAUAGUGUGCAGGGAGAUUCCACAUUUGAGUGAAUGUAGCACUGUUUUAAAUAGUUUCCCACACUGUAUUUUUCGAAGAGGUUUACUGUCGUGCAAUUUGUUGUUUUUUUCACCUGUGUCUAUUGUGGAAGCCUCAAAAGUGUAAUAUUGUAAUUCUUGCAUUAGACCUGACAUGCUUUCAUCGUUAUCAUUAGUCUUUGUUCAUAGGUUGCAGUGAAUUUAAUUGAUCCUUGCUGUUUUUUGCUUUUUGGAAGUGCCUGAUUUAUUUUACCUCGGAAGUUUACUGUGAAAUCUUGAAAUUUGCUAGCUGAAUUGCUGUCCAAAUAUGAGGCAUUAUUUUUGUGUCUUAAUUUAGGGUAACUGACCGAAUAGUGAGCAUCUAUUCACAUCUUUUUGUAGUUAAUUGUCUUUUGAAGAACUUUUGUGCAAGAAAAUAGGCAGUUGAUUUUAUAUAUAAGCGUGGUAGGUACAUGUUUCUGUUUGCACUCUCUUCACUACUUUUGUAUAUAUAUAUGUGCCACCCUCUGGCUGUUUUUUUGCCCAGUCUCAUUGUGACUGAUGUUUAUGUACAUAUUAAUUCAUCAGUAACUUUUUUUUCUUCUUCCAUGAUGUCUCGCACCAUUUUCUUGAGCUCAGUUUUUGCUUGUAUACACAAACAUGUGAGAUGCUGGCACGAAGUUAAGCGAUGUGUGCAUUAAGGAAUAGUAGUGCACAAUGCAAUACUGCUAUCAUGACAACAAAUAGUUAUGUUAAGUUAGCAUCAUGAUCUUGUUCUUUGUCCUUUGUUUAAAAGUCAUGAGUAACAACAGUUCACCUGUUAAGUUCUGCAGCCUCGAAAAAAGGCAUUGCUCCACAUUUUUGUAUUUUCUUCCCCUUUGUUCUAAGACUCAUUGCAUUUUAAUAUGUUUUUGAAGAUCCUUCUAUGAUAGAAGUCCAGGAAAAACAAGGGGAAUGUGGGAGAUGGCAAUUCAAGACGAUGAGUAACACGAGAACAAGGCGAGAGCAGGAGCCAACGUUUCAACAAGUGGACUUGUCUUCUUCAAGGCGACAUAUGCUACUUUUAUUCUCCCUGUCAGGCACGAUAGUUCACUGACCUGCAGCCGAGCAGACCCCCUUGUCCAGACCCCUUGCAUGAAAAGAGGAACCUGCCAUGACACAUCAACCUGCUAACACACGGCGCUGCCUCAAACUCCUCCACAGACUAUCAGUGGUGCAUUAUAUUUCUUUUCAAUUCUACACCCUCGCCGCUAACACACUCUCGCUCGUUACCUCACCCACCCGCCUUACCUUCUCUCCCCUUUAGAAGAACCCUACCUAUAUAUACUGUGCCGAGGAGAGCAUGUCGCCUUGAAGAAGACAAGUCCACUUGUCGAAACGUUGGCUCCUGCUCUCACCUUGUUCUCGUGUUACUCAUCUUCUAUGAUAGAAGAACAUUUAGCAGGACAGUUUACUUCAAGGUGUCCGUGCCUCUAAGAACUUUUGAAAUGUAUUUAUUUCAUUGCACUGUUCUUAUUUCACUUGUGCACAUGGUAUAACGCCUUCACCAGUAUUGUGCAGGCAGUUCAUUUAUGGUUUCCAUCGUACUGUGCACAUCUCCUCCACUUAAGUCUAUUAUAAUACCUUGCCUAAUUUUGUUUUCAUGUACUAUGCCAGUUAUGUCAUCCAUGUACUCUUGCAAAAUGCAUUUAUGGUUCUCCCAUCAGAAUAAAAGGAUCUAUGAAGUCGUAGUAUGCACUUGAGCACAAAUGUUGUUUAGGAAUUAAAACAUUUAUAUCUUGUGUGCCUGGAAAAUGCUGGAUCGGUUUGGAAAGAGUUCAAUGUAGGUAGUAAACUUGGUGUUAACGAGCACAUUGAAGCUAAUUGUUACGCUCAACACUAAUAGUGAAGCACUGCAGCUGACACCAUUUAAACUGAACAAUAAAUAAUCAUGGAAAUCUU